AUGGCGCUGCUUCUCGACCAACGAGGAGACGAGGUCCCCGUCACAGAGGAAGUUGUCAAGGCGGCAGCAGGGAACGAAGAGAAUGGCAUGGAGGUGAUGGCGCUGCUUCUUGACCGACGAGGAGACAAGGUUUCCAUCACAGAAGAAGUGGUCAGGGCGGCAGCACAGAACAGAGGCAAGGGCAAGGAGGUGAUGGCGCUGCUUCUUGACCGACGAGGAGACGAGGUUUCCAUCAUAGUGGAAGUGGUCAAGGCGGCAGCAAGGAACGGGAAGAAUGGCAAGGAGGUGAUGGAGCUGCUUCUUAACCGACGAGGAGACGAGGUUUCCAUCACAGAAGAAGUGGUCAAGGCGGCAGCAGGGAACAGAGGCAAUGGCAAGGAGGUGAUGGCGCUGCUUCUUCACCGAAGCCUACUGACCAGAUCGUUCAUCUCUAGUGCUGUUUUACGUAUUGCUGCUGCUUGUGGCCAACUCGACAUUCUUCGCUUCCUGUCCCGCCAAGCCUGCAUCGUCACUGUUCAAGAGGAGGACUUUGCCAUCGCCAGACUGUAUAACGCGGCAGCAUCAGGAACCACGACCACAGUGAAAGAGCUUCUCCAGACCGGAACACCACCAGAUACACAGAACAUAUGGGGUAUGACACCAUUGUGGAUCGCAGCGGCACAUGGUCAUGAACAGGUAGUCCGCCUACUCCUGACCACGAACAAAGUCAGCACUAUCUCGGAAACAACUAUCCGAAAUGCACCUUAUACUCGGCCGUCUUACGACCAAGGGGACACUGCUCUCAUGGUAGCGAGAAAGAAUAGGUACAACAGAAUCGCUGAAAGUCUUGAGCAGUGA